CGAAAAAAAUUCUAAGAAACACUUUGCUCUAAGAAAGGUAGAUUACAUAAUAAUUUGAGUAAAUUGACCUUAAUUAUAUCUAUAGAAACUAUUAUUCUGUUCCGUUCCUCUGUUUUAUUUCUGUUUGUAACAAAGAAAAAAAGCCGCAUCAGUAAUGGAAAAUAAUUUGAUAAAAACACAUCGCACACAUUGGCAUACAGUUUUUAAAAUUAUUAGAUUAAUUGGCGUUUGGACUUAUGAUAAAUCUGUGCCAAUUUAUCUGAAUUUUUGCAACUCAUUUAUCAGAAUAUUUAGCACAAUUACUGUGACAAUAUAUUUUAGUACAAUACUCGCAGAUCUGAUUGUUAAUUAUAAAAAUUUGAACGUUUUAUCUGAUGAUGGCUGCUUUUUAUGCGGAGUUUAUGUUAUAUUAUUCAAAGCAUUUAAAUAUAAUCGGUUUCAAAGCAGAAUACAUAAUCUUUAUGAUGAAAUUCAUAAACCGAUUGACAUACUGCGUCAAUCUUGUGAUUUAGGAACAUUGAUAACUAUAAAAAAAACAAUGUUUUUGGAAACCCUUGAUUUCUAUAUGUUUUCAUCAUUUGCCACGACUUUGGGACUGUCGACAACAUUUUUGGUUCCCCGUAAAAAAGGUGAACUGCCAGUACGUGCAUUAUUUCCAUUUGAUACUACAAUAUCACCAAUGCACGAAAUAGCAUUUUUCAUCCAAAUAUAUUCAAUUGCCUUUGCAUUGACAAAUGUCGUAACACUGGAAUUCAUAAGUCUGGGAUUCAUACGCUGGACUACCGUACAAUUGAUUGUAUUGACUUCAAAUUAUGAAAACUGUCGUACUGACAUUAUUAGGGCACGUGCUACUUACUAUCCUUCAUCAGAGACGAUAAAACUAGUGAAAAACUUCGGCAUUACUAAAUUAAUUAACAAACAAACGGAAAUACGAAAAUUUAUACCGUUUAUGAAAUUCGAAGCCGAAGAUAUUGUUCAUGAUUGCUAUUUAUGGCGAUUCAAAACAUGCAUCAAACAUCAUCAGCGGAUUACUUUGAUUGUUAAAGAAUUGAAUAGCUUAUUCAGUUCAAGUAUGUUGAUGCAGCUUACAGCGAGUGCUACAAUGAUUUGUUUGGCUGGUUUUCAAGCAGUAUUAGGCUCAAAUGAUAAAUCUAGUUUCAUGAAAUUUACCGUCUAUCUUGGAGCGACUUUUACACAGUUGUUAUAUUGGUGUUGGUUUAGUAAUCAACUUCUCACUCAGGCAGCUUCAUUAACAUCUGGGGUUUGGAUGUCAGGUUGGGAAGACCAGUUACCACUGAAUAUUAAAAAUUUAUUAACCAUUUCAAUAUUACGGACAUUGAAACCAUUACAAUUAAAAGCUGGAAACUUCUUUACUCUAUCUAUGGAGCUUUUUGUAUCGAUUUUGAAGAGCUCAUACUCUUUUUUUGCUCUAUUGUCAUCUGCGACUCAACAAAUCAUGACGAGUACCCCAAUUGAAACACAUCGUAGAUUUUUGGACAAAAGUAUUAAAAUUUUACGAUAUUGUGGUGUUUUGACAUUUGACUCUACAGCACCCAUGUAUCAAAAAUUUUACAAUAACACGAUAAGAAUAUUUAAUUAUAUUAUUGUAAUUUUUUAUUUUAUUACUCUCAUUACUGAUAUUAUUUUUAAUUAUAAGGAUUUGAUGACUAUUGCUGAUGACGGAUGUUUUAUCGCUGGGUGGAUAGUGACAUAUUUUAAAAUACAUAAAUUUUAUACACAACGUCAUAGAAUUUGUAAACUUAUUGAUGAUGUGCAUAAUCCAGUUGAUGUGCUUCGACAAUCUUGUGAUUUAGGUGUAUUAACAACAAUGAAGACGUACAUGUUUUUUGAUGCACUAGAUUUUUUUUUAUUUUCAAAUUGUGCUGUGACCCUCGGUAUUGCAUUAAUUAUACUAGUACCACGUGAAAAAGGUAAAUUACCAGUGCGUGCAGUAUUUCCAUUCGAUAUAAAAAAAUCACCAAAUUACGAACUAGCAUUAUUUAUACAGUUAUAUACACUAAUAUUCGGUCUUAUAAGUGUUGCUAUGGAGGAAUUUAUAAGUUUAGGAUUUUUACGAUGGACAACACUCCAAUUAAAAGUAUUGUCAGCAAAUUAUAAAAAUUGUAAUAGCCAUUCAAUAGAAUAUGCUGAUUUUAAUUUAACACAAGAUACAUAUGACUGCAUUAAAAAAUUCAAAAUAUCAAAUAUACUAGACGAUCAAAUGGAAAUAAAUAAAUUUGUGGAAUUUGAUCGUAGUAAGGAUAAUAAAAAAAUUGAAAAAGUUGUUGAUUGCUUCAAGUGGAGGUUCAAAACUUGUGUAAAACAUCAUCAAAGAAUAACGCAUAUUAUUGAUGACCUAAAUGACGUUUUUGAUUCGUGUCUUAUUGUUCAAUUUGCUGUCAGUUUAUUUCUCAUUUGUCUCAACGGAUUUUUAAUUGUUAUGUGUGCUGAUGAUAGAAAAAAAUUAAUUAGUGCAUUUACAUAUUUAUCUGUUGGAUUCCUGCAAUUACUUUAUUGGUGCGGAUUUGGCAAUGAACUGUCAUUUCAAGCAAAUUCUUUAACGAUGUCACAAAUGAUGUCUGGGUGGGAAAAUUGGUUUGAAAUCGGUUUAAAAAAUCUCGUUACAACUGCAAUGAUAAAAACGAUGCAGCCAUUAGAAAUGAGAGCUGGUGGUAUUUUUGUAUUAUCUUUAGAUACAUUUAUUAAUAUCUUGAAAAACUCGUAUUCUGUUUUUGUAUUGAUGACUACAGUAACAAGUGAUAAUAAAAAAUAAUUUUUUAUAGUUUCAUAAGUAAAAAUAUCAAUGUUAAACGAUAAAAUUAAAAUGUUAUAAUUGUUUGUUGUGAUAAAAAAAUUAAUAGUAUUAAUUAUUAGUUUAAACACAAAUAAAAUAUUUUAUUACUGUUAAAUUUUUGAGUGUCUCUACAGUUUUAUAGAAAAAUAUAUAACAGGGCUAUGCUGUUACUCUGGUCGUCCUUACAAAGGGCACCACUGGAAGUGAUAACGGCCUCCCAGAGCCGGAUCUUGGAUCAUAAGGGUCGGUGUAAUUUUGUUUAAUUGUAAAAGAAGAAUGAGGAAGGAUAAUUUACAAAUAAAUUAUUAUAAAUUCACUUUUCCACUUUUAUCCCUUUUAUUUAUUUAAACCUUUUAACCUUUUUAUUAUAACCUUUUAUUAUA